AUGCAAAUGAGCCAGCUGUCCGAGGGGGAGGGAUACGCUCACAAGAUGGCGGACGAAGAGAGCAGUCUUCAGACGGCCUUUUCGGGCGCAUCCGAUAUGGACGAGCCCGCCGCUAAAAAGUCCAAAAUUACCUUGGCGACAAAAUACGGCCUCAAAGUCACCGACGCUAAUAAAUUCCCUUGCGUGUCUGGAGUCCAGGAGAGUUGGGAGGCGGCGGUGAAUUAUGGCCAGCCAGCGGAGAGGGAAGCGAAGCCGGCGAUGGCGGUAGAAGAGGAGGCCCCCGGGGCGCAAGGCGGAGACAACAAUGGCCUGGGAAUGCUCGUCUCCGAGCCUUUUAAGUCCGCCGUGAAACCAGACGACAGCGCCCUGCUCGGGACAUUCGAGGGCAGUGCCGGUCUCAUUGGGUGUGUCGAUCGCCCAUCCAAUGGCUUGGCUGUCACACCGGAGCAUGUCACAGAGGAUGAUGACCGAUCCUCCCAUGCCAGCUCCAGCGACUGGACACCUCAACCACAUAUAGGUUCCUACAGUGUCAUCCAGCAACACAUCAGAGAGACUGACCCGAGGACCAUUUUAAGGGAGUUGCUGCCUGAGACUGUACUCCCACCAGAUUUAGAUGACAUGACACUGUGGCAGAUCAUCAUCAACAUCUCAGAACCUCCUAAAAGAAAGAAGCGGAAGGAUAUCAACAUUUUGGAAGAUGUGGUCAGGCUACUCCAUGAAAGUAAAAGGAUUCUUGUGCUGACUGGUGCUGGGGUAUCUGUUUCAUGUGGCAUACCAGAUUUUCGCUCCAGAGAUGGAAUUUAUGCCCGUCUUGCCGUUGAUUUUCCUGAUCUUCCAGACCCACAAGCUAUGUUUGACAUUGAAUACUUCCAAAGAGACCCAAGGCCAUUUUUCAAGUUUGCUAAGGAGAUCUACCCGGGUCAAUUCCAGCCUUCACCCUGUCACAAGUUCAUUUCCAUGAUGGACAAGCAGGGCAAGCUGCUGCGUAACUACACACAAAAUAUCGAUACAUUAGAACAAGUGGCCGGAGUUCAGCGAAUCAUCCAGUGUCACGGGUCAUUUGCAACUGCUUCCUGUCUCCUCUGUAAAUACAAGGUGGAUUGUGAAGCUAUUAGGGAAGACAUCUUUAACCAGCAGGUCCCCCAUUGUCCUCGCUGUCCGGAUAUUCCUUUAGCAAUAAUGAAACCUGACAUCGUCUUCUUUGGAGAGAAUCUUCCAGAAAUGUUUCACAGAGCCAUGAAACAGGACAAGGAUGAGGUGGACCUUCUGAUUGUCAUCGGGUCGUCACUGAAAGUCCGACCAGUCGCCCUCAUCCCAAACUCCAUCCCUCAUGAAGUGCCUCAGGUCUUGAUCAAUAGGGAGCAGCUGCCUCACCUCAACUUUGAUGUGGAACUGCUCGGCGACUGCGAUGUCAUCGUCAAUGAGCUUUGUCAUCGACUGGGCGGGGACUUUGAGCAGCUCUGCUACAACACAGUAAGACUCACUGAGAUCACAGAGAAACCCCCUCGGUUACCAGAGCAGCCACCGUGCGAGGCCUUGUCAGCUGCGGACGACGGAAGGCCAGAAGAGCCGAAGCAGCACAGUACAGACUCUGCCCUAAAGCUUUCACCACAAAGUCCGAAUGUCACAGAAACUGACAGUCACGUUGCGCCUCUAGAGUCUUGUCCUGAUGCUCAGUGUCCCAGCGAAGUGAUCGCUGAGCCCAACCGGUCACCAGUCAAAUACGGAACUAAAGAAGAGACCGCAGAAGAAAGAAGCCAAUCUUCCCACCAUGAAUUUCGGCGACGGUGCUGGAUGAAUCGGAUAAGCCGAAGUCCAAUCAGCAAGCGCCUUGCCACAGGGCAGUACCUGUUUCAAGCACCGCAUCACUACAUCUUCCAUGGAGCCGAGGUUUACUCAGACUCUGAGGAUGAGACGACGAGCUCGUGUGAAAGUGACAGCGACGAGUCAGAAUGCAGUGGCGAUGAGGGAGGAGAGGUCAGCGAGCUGGAGGAGGCCGACGGAGAAGCCUGCCUCAAAGACACAAUACAAGACACUUUAGCCAAUGAGGCUACAUCGAGUUUGGAGACAGAGCGUACGGAGGAACAAACUCACAGCGCCACACACCUUUAAAGUACCCAAUUGACAAAGCACUCGUCUUUUGAUAUAUGUAUGUAUAUAUACAUAUAUAUAUAUAUAUAUAUAUAUAUAUAUAUACACAUAUAUAUACACACAUAUAUAUAUAUAUAUAUAUAUAUACACACAUAUAUAUAUAUAUAUAUAUACAUAUAUAUAUAUAUACACAUAUAUAUAUAUAUAUAUAUAUGUGUGUGUGUGUGUGUGUGUAUAUACAUAUAUAUUUUUCAUAUAUUUUUUGACUCAUCAGCCUAUCAUUUUUCAUAGUUUAAAUUGUGUCAACUUAUGUGAAUAUGGAACUUUUUUUUCCCCACUUUAGUCAUGCAUUGUGUCUGAAACAUACUGCACACUGCUUACUCAAUAGAAAUUGUUGCCAUCUCUCUUUUGUAGUCACGUUUUGAAAUGCAUCAGUUAAUUACUGCAACUUCUGACAAAAGACAGCAAUUUAAGCUUUAAGACAUUAUUAUCAGUCCACAAUAUGAUACUAACCAUGGUCUAAUGUGAUGGUUUGCAACUGUUUUAUGUCACAGUAGCAUGAACAUUUUAGCCAAAUUCCUGCUUACGAUGUAGCCUACAGUGGCUUGCUUGAACAUUUUGGCGAGCCUGAACAUGAACAGUUCAACUCCGGUUGUUCAUGGGUGUAAAUGCAGCAGAUAAGUCCAUUUUAAGUUUAUACCAAAGAACAUUUCAUCAACAUGAUUGGAUUUUGAUAUAAGCUCUGUAUAUUCCUCUUGUCAAUUGAGUCUUUGAGAGAGAUUAUUGAAAAGGUGGUUUCUUCAGAUGUGGCAGCUACUUUUUAUGGUCAAGCCUCUUAUUUUUAUACUCAUCUUGGAGACAUACUCAAUGAAGAGUAGACGACAGUCUUUCUAUACAAAGUUGUCCUUUGUUUUAUUACAAAGCCUUAUGUUCAAUCAACGUUGGAAAAAAAAAAUGCCGUCUUCAUGAAACCGAUUGUUGCCCUUAUUUUUCAUGGAAUAUAAAUGGUGUAAUAUUAAUAGCAUGUAAAUGUGUUGGUCAGCUGAUCAAAUCUGUGAGCCUGGUGCCAACAUCAUUCAUAUGCCAUUUCAUUCUAUGGUUUAAGAGUACGGUUUGCCAGCCUUUACAGUGGGUACGGAAAGUAUUCAGACCCCUUAAAUUUUUCACUCUUUGUUAUAUUGCAGCCAUUUGCUAAAAUCAUUUUUCAUUGUUUUCCUCAAUGUACACACAGCACCCCAUAUUAACAGAAAAAAACGGGUUUAAUUUUUUGCAGAUUAAAAAAGAAAAAUUUAAAUAUCACAGCCAUAAGUAUUCAGACCCUUUGCUGUGGCACUCGUAUUUAA